CGCGGGCCCGCCUCUGCCCCUCCCGGCAGAUGGCCGCGAGGGGGAGGCGCCUGGACACCAAAGGCCGCCGCGGCCUCUCCGGGGCCGCUCCCAAGACGGCGGGCACGGGCACGAGGAAGGCCGGGCGCUUCCCGCACCGGGCCCGGAGCGGUCGGGGGUGGAGCCGGAGCGACAGCCGAGACGAGACCCUGGGAUAUUCCCCGGCGGAGAGGAGGCGGGACCGGGCUGCCCCGGCCUCCCGUAACGUUAUGACUGUGCUCCCGCCCCUCUGCGGGGCAACCGGCCGGGUGUUUUGCAGGCCCGGCCUGGCGGGGAGGAGUCCUCGAGGUCGCGUUGCUGAGCUUCCGAGCCGCCGGAAGGCCGCGAAGUGCCUCUGGCGAGAGAAAGAGGAGGAGGAGGAAAAGAAGGAGGGAGAAGGCAGGAAGGAACCCAGCUUUGCUUUGAACUUAUGGAAGGACUAUCGGAUACUUUGUACACAGAAAAACCAACAAAGUGGAGUCAACCACAUGCAGCAGCAGCUUCAUGGGCUUGAAGGAUCACUUGAAGCAUGACCUUGGGCACCUCUAUGAGGAUACAUCAGUGACUCAAAUAAGUGCAAUAGCACCUUGGUCAAUGAUAGAAAAACCAACUAUGGAUAAAAUUAAUUCUAGAAAGGAGGAUCCUAAGAAAGAACUGUCUGAAGAAACCGGAACCUUUAGUUGGGAUUCUGAGAAAAAUAUAAAUUCUGUUAAUGAAUUGGGAAAAGCAACUAAAAUUAGAACAGAACCAUGCUCCUUAUCUAAGGAUCACAGACAGACGUAUCCAUCUUUAGAACCACAUAUACUAAAGCGCAAUGAAAUUUUACAAGACAUUAAGUUAGAGGAAGUUCAGAUAGGAAGUAAAGAAAUGAAAAAGCCUCCUGAUAUGGUGAAAGAAUAUCAAACCAAACUUGACUUUGCACUUAAGUUAGGUUACUCAGAAGAGCAAGUCCAACUUGUGCUGAAUAAACUUGGUACUGAUGCUUUAAUCAAUGAUAUAUUGGGGGAAUUGGUCAAACUUGGAAAUAAAACCGAGGCAGAUCAGAGUGUAAGUUCUAUUAACACAAGUGUAAUGCGAGAAGCAUCUUCUGUUGACUCUCAGAGAUCUGACUCUCCCCUUCAGGAGGAUGUGCUUGUGGAUGGUGACAACCUGAGACCAAUAGUUAUUGAUGGCAGCAAUGUGGCAAUGAGCCAUGGAAACAAAGAAGUAUUCUCUUGUCGUGGGAUAAAACUGGCCGUGGACUGGUUUUUGGAAAGAGGACACAAAGAUGUCACUGUGUUUGUUCCAGCAUGGAGAAAAGAGCAGUCUCGACCAGAUGCACUCAUUACAGAUCAAGAAAUCUUGCGUAAAUUAGAAAAAGAGAAAAUUCUGGUAUUCACCCCAUCACGGCGAGUUCAAGGGAGAAGGGUGGUAUGCUAUGACGACAGAUUCAUAGUGAAGUUGGCUUUUGAGUCAGAUGGUAUUAUUGUAUCUAAUGAUAACUACAGGGAUCUAGCCAAUGAAAAGCCAGAAUGGAAGAAAUUUAUUGAUGAGCGACUCCUGAUGUAUUCAUUUGUCAAUGACAAAUUCAUGCCUCCAGACGAUCCUCUCGGCCGACAUGGCCCAAGUCUGGAGAACUUUCUGAGGAAGAAACCUGUUGUACCAGAACAUAAAAAGCAACCCUGUCCAUAUGGGAAGAAAUGCACUUAUGGACACAAAUGCAAAUAUUACCACCCAGAAAGAGGAAAUCAACCUCAGAGGUCAGUAGCUGAUGAACUUCGUGCCAUGUCUAGGAACACAGCUGCCAAAGCUGCUAGUGAAGGAGGGCUGGUGAAAAGCAACAGUGUUCCUUGUAGUACUAAGACAGAUAACACUACAGAUCUCAAGCGAACUACUCCAAAGAGGCAAUCGGAUCCUAGCAUAAGGACUCAAGUCUACCAAGACUUGGAAGAAAAGCUUCCCACCAAAAAUAAAUUGGGAACCAGGUCUGUACCUUCUUUAGUUAGUAUACCAGGUUCUGCUGCUGCAAAACCCCAAAGUACUGCACCUUUAACCAAUGGCCUUCCAUCUGGAGUUCAUUUCCCACCUCAGGAUCAAAGACCACAGGGACCGUAUUCUCCAGUGAUCAUGACAACCAAAAAUCAUGGAACGCCAAUGCCUUAUGAGCAGUAUCCCAAAUGCGAUUCUCCUGUGGAUGUAGGUUAUUACUCUAUGCUCAGUGCAUAUUCAAACCUAAGUAUCUCUGGUCCCCGAAGUCCCGAAAGACGUUUCUCUUUGGACACAGAUUACAGAAUUAGUUCUGUGGCUUCUGAUUGUAGCAGUGAAGGGAGUAUGAGUUGCGGCAGUAGCGAUUCCUACAUGGGCUACAACGAUCGAUCCUAUGUGAGUUCUCCUGACCCUCAGCUGGAAGAGAAUUUAAAAUGUCAACAUAUGCAUCCCCAUAGCCAUCUGAACUCACAGUCCUUCUUACAGAGUUACCACGAUACACUAACCAGAGUGCAGAGUUAUAAUCAUGAAGAACCAAAGCAUCAUCCGAAGCCUCCCGCUCCAUACAUGGCCGUGCACUUUCAGCAUCCAAACAUGGGAAGCCGUUCUACUUGUCCUCUUGACUUCCCUGUUUCUCAGAGUUCUCCGCAUUCAAAAAGCAUGCCUCUGGGGAGAGCUCUAGCAUCCACCAGACUGGACAGUGUAUCAGACUCACGCUUGUAUGAUAAUUCUCCAUUGAGAAAAAGAAAAACAUACUCCGCUCAAGAUGGACUCGGUAGUUGGGAUAGGCCAGGCUACGGGAUGGAUACAUAUGGCUAUCGUCAAACUUACUCUUUACCCAGCAAUCCCACCCCACCAUGUUACGAGCAGUUUCCUUUCCAAAGCUUACCUGAGCAACCCGAUCAGCCUUGGCAGAUACCUUACUGUGGAAUGCCUCAAGAUCUUCCAAGGUACCAAGACAGUCGAGAGAAAGUCUACAUCAACCUGUGCAACAUUUUCCCGCCUGACCUGGUGAGGAUUGUUAUGAAAAGGAAUCCUCACAUGGUAGAUGCUCAACAGCUUGCUGCAGCCAUUUUAGUGGAGAAGUCUCAGCUAGGUUAUUGAUGACAUGAUAUUGAUGAUGCAUCUUUAUGGUGUCUAUUCAGUUUCAGCUGUAUCGCUGAGGGAGGUUUGCUACAAUAGCAUUUGUGAUCUCCUUCUCAGCAAGGAGAUUAUAUAGUAAUCCAUAUAUGUGAAACAUUGUGCCAUGGAACCUGUAUGUACAACCCCAGACACUGGAAGUAACAGGAUUUAUUUUAAAUACUCAGUUUUUUUUUUAAAAAAAAAAAAUUCAUGGCUGGAAUGUCUCUCCAGCUGAAUAUAUUAACAAACACGAUGUCUCAAGUAAGAAUCCCUAGUGCAUGUGGGUUUUAUAUGCAGCACUUUUUAAUAUUUGUUACAUAUUUAUUAAAUUAUUGGGCGUUUUAUCCUUCAAGUGCAAAGCAUUUUUUUCAAAACAGCAGAAAACUGAAGAGGAUUUUAUGUGCACAGCCAACUUUUUUCAAGUCAAACUUAUUAGGAUCUAUUUUUUCAUAAUUAAGUUAUUUAAUUUUAUUGUGUGAUUUUUCUUUGUAUAUAAUCAUUUUAUUUAUAGAAAACAGUCUUUUGCAGCACUGAAUUUUUUAAAUGUAUAAGUUACCAGUUUUUACAUUGAAAUGGGUAACAAUAUAUUAGUACUUUAUAGUAUGGCACUUUUUAAUUUGUUUGGCUAUGGAUUUAAUUUAUUUGGUGGUUUCUGUUAAUUUUGGUGUAAGCAGAAGCAAUCAGUAGGAGAGAAACCUGUUUUUAUUAAUUUAUUAUGCAGAUGAAAAAAAACUUUAUGUGCAGGUUCUGAAAUUAUUGAGCUUAUCCAGUUCCUGACUGUCACCAAUUUGACUACAAAUAUAUCUGUUUAGAUAGCGGUCUUGUGCAGCCAAUGUACAUUUCCAUUAAUCAGAAAUGGCAUUGAUAAGUGUGUCUCUUGUUCCUUUACUUAAUGCACAGGUAUUUCAUAAAAUAACUGUUUUUAAAGAAACAAAUUGUGUUCUCAAUGCAAUUUUUGUAUAUAAGAUUGUGUAUUUUCAUGCUAUUUAUUGAGAAGGUUUUAACAUUGUGUUCAGGAUAUGCAACAUCUUAACUGCACUAUAGUAAUGGUAAUUAUAGAUGAAAACAGCACAUUCUUUUUGUGAAAUACUGUAAAGAAUUAGCUUUGUCUGGCCUGUUGCAUUAUAUAGGCCCAAUUCUUGCCAUGGACAACAUAGCUUUAGAAGUAGACACUGUCAUCUCUUCUAGUAUUAGUAUGGGAGAUUUCUGGUUUUAAGUUUUGAGCUUUUUUAGCUCUUGUAAAAUGUAAUUUUAUAUAACUAGAUUAACAGUAGAUCUCACAGUGCCUGAUACCGUAAACAUCGUGAUUGACUGCUCAUAUAUUAGAAGUCCCUUCAGAGCUUCAUACUGUGAUGAUUCCCAAGUUUACAUAAUCGAUGACUGCAACUUGAAGAUGCUGUAGAACCAGAAAGUACCUACGCUGUUGAUACAAAUUGUAUCUUUAUUAGAACUAUUUAAUUUAUAGAUCUAACUUUUAAAAAGAACAUUGAAUUGUGUAAAAAUUAUUUUAGACUUUGGGCAACAUUUUAUCUCUUAUUUUUUUAAAAAAAAAUUAGUUGAAACCUACACUAUUUUUUUUUGUUUAAAUAGCCCCUUGACCAUUUAUCAUAAAACUGAAUAAGAUGAUAGCUAAAAAUAAUGAUAAAAUGCUGCCUAAAAAGAUGUCCAAGCACCUUUUGAAUACAUUUUCACUACUUACGCAACACUGUGUGUUGUAAGAAGUAGGAUGUCGAUACACAGUAAAUGCUUCUGCAAAGCAUUAUACUCUUAGAGGUAUCCAGUAAUCUGAACCAUGUUCAGCAACUUUAAUUCAGGAAUUACUCUUCUACACAGUGUUCACUAUUGUAUAAUCAAAGAGGAUAUUGCUUCUGUUAGGUUCAUCUUAUAUUUUAUCCAUGUCUCCUGAAGAAAAACCUCUUUCAAUAUUCAUUUUGUUCUUAACUUCCUUGUUCCUUGCUUUUUGCAGAAUAUAUUUUGUUGGAGAGAUUGUAUAUUUUGCAUGGGUAUGCAGAUCCUCUUUCCUUUGAUAUAGAACUGACUUGUUGCAAUGGGCUUAUUAUUCACAUGUAACUUCAAAGACUUGAUAACAAGUAUUCAUGCAUCCUUAAAAUAUAACUGGAUUGUUGCAGCUGGUGAGGGCAAAAUGCAGAAACAUGACUUCUGAAAUAGAAGCUUUUAUAUUUAUUUUCAAUUGAUGUAUAUGGAAUCAUACUUACGUAGGAUUGACUGCAGCAUCCUUUCUUGAAAAAAGGAUAGGAUUGUACAUUGUGUGUUAUAGUGUUAAAAUGUGCAAUUGCUGGACUUGCGUAAUGCAGAAUUUAAACUCAUUGAAGAGAAAUGUGUUGGCUAAACUGAAUUUAGGGCACAUGGCAGCUCUGCAUUGAUACUCAUCUUCAGAGCUGAUAUGGUCUUCUCUAGUUAUAAUUAAAAGCAGGUUUCUCCCCCAUCCCAUCCCACUGCACACCACACAAAUGUCUCGGUUGUUUUCCACUGCAAUAACUUAACAUAACUGGCUCUACUGUGUACUGUAUUUUACAGAAAACUCCAAAGGGUAAAAUAAUCAAUUUUCUGCCCUCAUUCUGUCAUUCUUUAGUAGGAAUACUUGGUUUGGGCUAAGUGUAAUUCUGCCAUCUUAUAAACUGUUGAAUUUGAUGAAGCUCACUGUUGUUCUUUUUUGUGCUGCACAGGUCUUUAAUAAGCUAUUUGAGUAAAGAGUAUUCUUUUAAGUUCUAACAUUUAGAAAAUCCAGGAAUGUUUGGUUACCUGUUACCUGCACACCUUAUAUGGUCAGAGUGUAGAAGCAGGAAAGCCAAAUGAAAAUCCACUGUUAACUACCUAAGGCCUCAUAAGGCCCAAGAAACUCAAGGAUCAGUCACUCACUCUUAAAUCCGAUCUGCUGAACAGGCUUGUUCUUGCUGGAGAAAAAUUGGAGGCAGAAAAGAAUUGUUCACCUCCCUGAGCUCCUGGAAGAAAGACUUGGGAUAGCUAACAUUCAACCCAACGAUCUACUGUUGGCAGCUUUAAUCCUUUAGUUCAACUCUUUUUGCCAUGAUACACCAGAUAUUCAGAGGUUGCUGUUAUUGUUCACCUCCUGAAACUGGUUCUUCUAGAGUAUAUUUUAGCGGGUUUUCAGAAAUGCUGUGUUGUGCUGGAAUAAAAAACAGAGUAAUUAUAGUAAAUCUGAUCUAUUUCGCAUCAAAUGCUUGAUGAAAUUCAGAAACACACCCACCAAACCGUAUGCACUUCCAUUAACACAAGGAGUAUUUACUUUAUCUCAAAAGUAGUCUUUUCAGUGAGCAAAUUAAAAAAGCAUGAAUGAUUGGUGCAUUCAUGCAUAUCAAUUUCAGAUCCAGGCAAUUAUGAGUGUAAAGUUUAAAUGUAAUUUUAUUGGGUAAAAUUUUAGCUUUGAAAUGUUCAUACAAUUUACACUUUGUUCCACAAUUACAGAAGUUGUCUUGGACAAAAUGAAAAUAUAACCAUGUUAUUGUUUGGCAGUUAGCUGAUGGAUAUCAAUAACUGGAACCAUUUCAGUAUUGGUAAUGUACGGAUACAUAGGCAUUUAUAGUGUUAUAUUUUGUGCAAAUUCCUACAUUUGUACAAAUACUUUUUAAAGGUAAGCUGAAGUUUUCAGAGGCUUUAUGUCACAUUAACAUUUUUGGAACCUCUAAUCUUUUUAAAAUUAAUAUGUCUUCUUAGAUAUGAGGCUCAAAUAUUAUUAGUUUUAGGAAAGGAUCAUUGUAUUGUUAUAGCUAAUCUUUUAUUCCUAAAUUUCCGGGCAUAUCAAAAAUUAUUUUUAUGAGAAAACAUAAUUGCAGCCACUUCUUUUUGCAGCUACUAUGCAUUAGAAUGUCAUUUUCAAUCUGAUAAUAGGAAAAUAAACACAAUACUGAUGCUUUGUGGUAUAGAGAAGGCUUCUCUUUAUAUUAUUUCUACCACCUUGCUUGUAGGAAUUUUUCAAUUCAAUGCUCUCCUUUUACAGUUCUAAACUACAACAGCAGCAAAUGGCCCAUUCACCACCAGGCUACUUUCUUAGUUGAAAGAAUGGUGUGAUCUUGCCCAAAAUAUACCAGGUUCUUGAAAUAGAAGUGGGUAGAGUUGGAGAUCUAAAAGCAAGGGGGAGGAGGAAUAACAGAAUGAUUGUGAAAAACCUCAGCAAUAACAAAACCAAGAUGUUUAUCAUGGUUGCCUCUAUUCUUAAUGAGGUUUACAAAGAUUUGGGUAAACAAAUCCAUUGCUUUAUUUCAUAAUCUUUUUAAAGCUGUCUACAUUCUCUGCUCUUUCCCCCCCUCAAACAGUUCCAUUUGGGCAUAAUCAUUAUAGAUCCAUUUAAAUAUAUGGGACUGAAGUUAGUAUCUACAGGAUUGAAGUCCUAGUGAUUUUGCUGUAUCUGCUUUUGAUUUUAGAAAAAUUUGUAGUUUCUGUAGUACCCAUGAAUACUGUCUAUCAUGGUACUGUCAGCAAAUCAGCAAUAAAACUUAAAUAUUAAUUAGCUUUGGAUGUUGUGUCCAUUAUAUGUUAAGUAUACAUUAAAAUGGAACAAUAUUAAGUAUUGUGAUCUAUGUCUUUUUAUUCUAAUCUCACUCUGCCCUUUUCUUCCUUUCUUUUGUGUGUAUGUGUAUUUUCAGGUUUUAUUACUUUGAUAUUGUCUCCUCACUUGCCUAUCUUCUUUCCAGUUUAACUUACUUUUCACAACAAAUCCACUUUCUACUUGGCUCCUCUAAGAGUUACUCAACUUAUUUACUUCCAUUCUGUGCCUACCCUUUUCUUGUGAUACACACCCAAAUAUCUUGUAACACCUAUAUAAAAAUAUCACGUUUUAGCAGAGAAAACAGAGUCUGGCGUUUAAAAAAAUAUUCAGUAGUAUUUGUGGAGAUUUCCUAAUAAUAUUGAAAUGUUAAAUAUACCGUUAAUUCAUAUCUGUUGACAUGUCUUGAUAAAAUAAUAAAGAAAAAUAGUUAUUUUGUUA